AUGAACGUCCGGGUUCAAGGAAUCGAUGGGAGCAACAACCGGGCUCGAGGAAACCGCAACAUGUACCAGGACACCAGCAGCCGGGAGGAGCUUGUGUGUGACGAGCGAGCCUUCCUGGCCCGGGGAAGGUUGCUGCAGUCGGCCGAGGGUGGGAGGGGGGAGGGGGGAGGCGCCCGGCGGUCUCACCCGGGACACUCGCCCCGCGGUUCAUUAUCAAAGUUCACUAAACUCUCAGUCUCCGGGCCUCGUCCGCGGCCUGUCGCAGGUCUCGCUUGGCUGGUCGGUCGGAACAUGCCGAUGUUAGGCGGAGACUCACGAGGCCCGGGCGGGAGAUCUGACAGCUCCCCGGAAAAUCUGCACAACGGAAAUGCGCCUUCAAUAUACUACGGUUGCUAUGACGACGGUAACACACACACACACACAGACACAGCACAGAGAGACACACAUAGACACAACACUGACACAGGUGCGCCGAAAACGAGGUACCAGGAGAUCAGGAACAGAAGAAGUGAAAGCUCGAAGAGUGUAAAACAAUCGGAGCUGCAAUUAGCUGACAUCGACGGGGAUGGAGGAGAGACGGAUCAUGACAAACGAGGGGAGAGGAGAAGAAUGAGAGGAGACUUCCUGAGAGUAGGAGUUAUAAUAAAGAAAUGUGGGCGGUCGCCAUGGCAACCAGCGUUGCAGGAAACUGCACAAUCGAUGCCGACGCCAGACGCUCUGGAUCAAUGUGUCUCUAGUACUACGGCCCGGGAAACCUGCCUCGGCCGCUGUGUGAGUGAGCCUCCUCCUGUACCACCCCAACCUCCCCCGGCCUCCCCGUACACACACAGAUAUAACUUGCUGCCGGUGACUGCGGGGUAG